AUGGGUGUCACUGAGAUCAAGACUCCUGCUGAAUUCCAGGAAAAGGUCAUCGACUCCAACGAGCCUGUCGUUGUCGAUUUCUUCGCUACCUGGUGCGGUCCUUGCAGGAUGAUUACCCCAGCCAUCGAAAGGCUCAGUAAUGAGAACCAGGGCGUCAAGUUCUACAAGGUAGACGUUGAUGGGCUUAACACGGUCGCGGCCGACUUGGGUAUUGCCGCCAUGCCUACCUUCGUGUUCUUUAAGGACGGCCAGCAAAUCAAAGAGUUAACCAUCCGCGGUGCCAACCCUGGUGGUGUUCAGAACAGUGUGAAAGCCCUGCUGGCAUAA